GGGAGGAACUCAGUACGGUUUGAAAGUCUGGCGCGCGUCGCGGAGGGGACGAUUCGGCUGCGACCGAAGAUGUCGGUGUUAAAGCCGCUGGACAAGCUGCCCGCCCUGAACACGGCCACCGGCUUGCUGGUGGGCACGGAGGAUGCUCUCCUGCAGCAGCUGGCAGACUCGAUGCUCAAAGAGGACUGCGCGUCCGAGCUGAGGGUCCACUUGGCAAAGUCCCUCCCUUUACCGUCCAAUGUGAAUCGGCCUCGAAUCGACCUGAUUGUGUUCGUGAUUAACCUUCAUAGCAAAUACAGUCUGCAGCACGUGCAGGAGUCCCUGCGCCAUGUGGACGCCAGCUUCUUCCUGGGGAGGGUGUGCUUCCUUAGCACAGGUGCUGGGCAGGAGCACCACUGCAGCAUUCACCGGAACACGGUGCUGAAGCUGGCCCACACCUACCGAAGCCCCCUGCUCUUCUGUGACCUGGAGGUGAGGACUCUUACCACAGUGGCUGAUGUUACACUCGGGCGUGGGGAAGGGUCGGUCGUACACCGUGGGAACAUCAGGAAUGCUCAUCGCAGGGUCACUGAGGACCAGGUGGAAGACUUUCGAGCCACCAUGGCGCAGCGUCUGGUGCGCAUGCUGCUGGUCUGUGCUGGUCACGUGCCUGGUGUCUCGGCCCUGAGUCUGCUGUCUCUGCUGAGGAGCUCUGAGACCCCUCCGCCAGAGGAGCUGUGAGGGCCACUGGGCCUGGCUGCGCCUCCCCGCUGGGGGCUCCUUUAGCCAGUCGCAGACAUAGGCAGGGUCAGGCUCCUGUGCCCCAGCAGGGCGCUGGGCAGGAUGGGGAGGCGCCCAGUUGCUGGGACUCCAGCCCCCUCCUGCGCCCACUCACUGAUGGCUGCAUCUCCACUUAAGACUUCCCUGGAACAAAGGGCCUCUGGCUAAAAAAAGUUUGAAGCUCACUGGUCUCAUCUCAUCCACCACUUUGACUUUGCAAAUGAGGAAACUGACUCAGAACAAUGAAGACAGGAUGUGGGAGGGGAGCUUGGACUCCAUAUUUGGGGGUCCUACUACUCUUAUGGAACUUGGUUGUUGCUUCUGGGAGCCUCAGUUUCCCCAGCUAUAAAUGGAGGUGUCUGUAUUUAACUCGCUGAGAAUUGAAUGGCGUGCUGGGGAAGUGCCUGGGACAUGCCUGGGACUGGCCAGUGUUAAUGCUGCGCUCAGCCCAGGCAGGGGCUCAGUGAACAGCCACUGGUAUUUGAAAUCACACAACUGAAUUUAAAAACUGAUGCAAAUUGAGAAUUUGCCGCUGAGGUCAGAGGUCUGUGAGGAAAAGUAGCUGCCUGCAGCACUGGGGCUGCGGCAGGAGAUUAUGCAGAGGCGGCUGUUCUCCCUCAGUCUAGUGGAAAUUUGUAAAGUGCUAAGAUUAGACUCCAGGAAUCUGUCAGCCCGCUCAGGACUUGUGCUGCUGCAGGGAAGCGGGGCUGGUGCUUCGGAGCUGAGAGCCAGGGGAGAUGUCUGGCCAGAGAGGUCUUGGGAAGCCAGCUGGUCCUGGGCAGAGCCCGUCUCUGCCUUGAUGUCACCAACACAGCCAGGGCCCGUGUUCUUCAGUGAAGAAGGACCCACUGGGAACUUGACGCUGACGGAACUUCUGAAGCAGCCGGGCCCCCAGGAACCACUGCCUCCACCUCUGGGCCCACCCCUGGGUAGCUGUAUCCAGGUGCAGAUGGGAGAUGGCCUUCCCGGAGGGUCGCCCCACAACAGCACAG